GCCUCUCUGGGCAACGCUGCCGUGGUGUUUCGCAGCCGGGCUGCACUGGAGGUGCGACAGCGUCGCUCAGUGUGGCUGUUAGCGGCAGCCCAGCUCUGGCCUGGCCCCACCCGAUGGUGCGGUCCGGCUCCAGCGAGGUCUUCAGGGGUCUGGAUAGGCAGCGUGAUGGCAGGUUGAUUCUUUCGUUCCCCUGUGCUCCAGGGCAAGAUCCAGGAACCUUCUGUAUUUGCUUUCGAGUUAGUAUAGGAGAGGCCAAGACGAGUACGAGUCACUCAGUUUGACAGACUUGCUUGUAGCUGCUUGAGGACUGCAAGACUUGCUUACUCAUCGGGUUAGUCGUGGUAGGAGAACCAGGGGAAGACCUCGGUUACUUUAUUACUACUAGUAAAUUGUUUGCAGAAAUAAUUACAGAACGUGAGCGUUCCGCGCGUUAGUGUAUAGCAAUUCUGUAACGAAAGCAGUAGCAGAACACUAGUGAUGCUUCGUGUUCUCUGAGUAUGAGAGACUUUGAAUAAAAGCAUUUAUUCAAGAUUUUGGUCUGUUACUUUCAAAGAAGGAUGGACUAGGGUAUUUGUGUUGCAAGAUGAAGUAGCUUCUUAUUUUCUAAAUCUGAUAGGAUUUAGUCUAGGUACAUCAUCCUCAAAAUCACUUCAUUGUGCAGCUAUUGAUAAAUGUUUAUAAACUAAUGAAGAACUGAUUGUUAUCGCCUCUGCAGUACUUUGAAUAAACAUUAGACGGUGCACUUUUUAUACAAAGGUGAACAGUAGUUGAGAUCUGUACCUUCUCACCCAACAGAGUUAAAUAGUUACUAUGUGGCAUAAGGUCUCUUACUUCAUUGACAGAUGUACCUAAAUAAAGUGUAGCUCGUCAUAAUUAUUAGAAGAGCUCAUUAUGGUAUGAGCUUAAUGUGUACAGAAUUAAUUGAAUUCUGGAAUGUGGUUUAAGUAGAUGCAGUGUAUGGCCGGAAAAGUGCAACUUGCAUGUUGCUUUUUGAUUGAGAAACAGUGGGUGAAGAAACAUAAGCAAAAAAAAUAUUUAAAAGAGAAUUUCUUUUGAAAAGGAUUGUAAAAAAUAGUUAGGAAUGGCAGGGCUGAAGUAGUUGACAGCAGCAACACUGGGAUACUGACAGCAUAUAAAAUAGGUAUUUUCUAAAAAGUAAAUUGAAUAAUUGACAGUAUCUAAAUAUAAGACUUGGCUCUCGCUGAUGAACCUAUGAAGUUUAAUGCUGCUUAUACUGGAGUUUUAUUUGUUUUUGGUUUUCAUUUACAUCUUAUUCUUAAAUUUGAGUUUCAUUUUUUGAAGGGCAGAAUUCAACCUAUGUUUGCUAGUUUAAAAAACAGUGAAACUUAAGUACUGGUUUUUUACUAUGCUUUUUACAUCAAAUAUAGCUAAGAACUUCAUUAAAGAUCUCCUAAUGUAAAGAACUGUAGAAAAAGAAAAAUUCAGGUGUAUUUUCCUAUAAAGAAUAAUACAAGUUGAGAUGGUUAGCCAGAGCAGAAAAUCUGAAAGGACUAACUUGAUCUCUGCCUCUCAUGAGUUAUGAAAGAGUAUUUUGCUCUUAAUGGAGGACAUGAACUGUUCUUUUUAGUUCUUUUCAGUGUUCAAUAGUAGAAGAAGGAUAGUUGAUCUUAAGAAAAUGCAGCAGGUGAUUAUGCAAGGAUGAUGCAGGUGUGGGUUAAUGAAGUAAAUAAAAAGAAUCACAUGUGUGAGAUGAACACAUAAGUCUGCAUCUAUAAAGCACAAACAGGAAGAAAGCCCCAAAAGCAUGGAAGGAUGUACAUGUGUAUAGUUCAUAGUGCCCAAGUAGUAAAAUUUCAGGUUAGUGAAGUGAUGAGAGAAGAUAUGUAGGAAAACUUUGUACUAAAAAUAUGUCUGAUAUUGUGCAUGAAGAAUACUGGAAAGAGCUGUCCAUUUGGUAUCUAAGUACACUGAUCAAAAUACAAUUUGUUUCGACUGCUGCCCCUUAACACUUGAUAUCGUGCAGGCUGCUGGCCAAAUAAAUGCUUAGGAGGGCAUGGGUAGAUUAAUCUUGCAAGCCUUUUGCUCUCGUCGCACAGCAUUCAUUUUAGCCCCCUGACUUAACCUAUUAGAAAUGGUAUUAUUUUUUCAAAUUUUUGGUUCUUACAUUUUAAUUUUGUUUAGAGUGUAUUGACUUUCAGGUAAAUACUUAAUUUUCAUAUUUAUAAAAUACUCAAAAGUUUUGAAUUCUGCCUGAAAAAUACUGGGUCCCAUGCUGGCUAGCAAAAGUAUUCUAACUUUAAUGGUGCUCAGACUGUAACUUUGUUUAUUCAACUUCCAGGAGAGUAACAUCAAUUGUCUCUGAGUUGUUCUUACAUUACAUUAAAAUCAGUGUAAUCUGGUACACUGCGGGGGCACUUUACAUCUGUAAUGUUCUGGGUCGUGUCGUGCAUCCUUCUGGUCAGGUGUCAGCCAGCAUCCUGUAUUUGAACAUUUGCCUUUCUGUACUCUGUGUUUUAAAUAUAAUAUGCACAGGCAUAUUAUCUGUUCUCACCUUCUAGCAGGAUCAGCUCACCCUGUCCUUAAUAAAAACCAUGAGACAUCAUGUGGCUAUAUGGAACUAUUUUCUUAAAUAAUUUAUAUAUGCCAUAAUUUUCCCCUAAGUUCUCAUAUAUUUGUUUCAAACUAUAUCUUUCUGACAGAUGUAUUGUUGAAAAAAAAGUUACAGAUUUUGAUUAUUGUUGGAGCUACUUGCUUGUGAAAAAGAUAUUUUUUGCCUUCACUUCCGACACCGAGGGUUUCAUAUGUAAACCUUUCUAUGCAGUGGUAUUUAUCAGAUGAAUUCUUUGAUAUCAGAGAUAUGGUAGGUGUUUUCCUUUAUAAUGCAAUCUGAUAUGCAGAUGAGCUAAGACAGCCUAUUGUUAAAAAAAGGAAAAUGUGCUUUACUUGGCUGAACUAUGGAAAUGAAUGAUCUGCUCUUUAUUAUGUUCCCCUUAGGUUGGUUAAACAAACUGAAGCUGAGCAUGAGUGUCUAACGGUUUUGUCUUCCUGCACCUCACAGUCAUCUCUAGGCCAGUUGUGUUUUCAGGCUUCUUUUGUUGCACCAGCUAAUCAGUGAAUUGGUUGUCCAGUAGAGUUAGUUUUUGCAGCCUGUGCUUAAUUUAGAGCUGCUGUAUUUAGGGUCCUAGAACUCAAGGAUUAGUGUAAAGCUAGUUCAGGUAUGGCAGUGUGAAACCUUAGAUGCAAUGGAAUGUGCUGUGUAUUUACUUUUGCAACUCUGAAUAACAACAGUCAGUUAAGUGUAAAACAAAGGUGAAUUGUUAGGUAUGUGAAAUGUCACUUUGCAGUAUUUUCACUUGCAUAUUCCGUGACUAUGAAAACAGCAUAAUGGAGUUUGACAGGUGUACAACAGUGCACUUACAGGAACUGGAGAAAUGGCCACUACACAAUCUGUCUUCACAUUUGCUCUCUGCAUUUUAAUGAUAACUGAACUAAUACUGGCUACAGAGAGCUAUUAUGAUAUCUUAGGAGUUCCAAAAAAUGCAUCUGACCGUCAGAUUAAGAAGGCAUUUCACAAGCUGGCUAUGAAAUACCACCCAGACAAAAAUAAGAGUCCUGGAGCAGAAGCAAAAUUUAGAGAAAUUGCUGAAGCAUAUGAAACAUUGUCAGAUGAGAAUAAACGAAGAGAAUAUGAUCAGCUUGGCCGUCAUGGAGGAAAAGGAAGUAAUGGAAGCCCAUUCCAUCAGUCAUUUAAUUUCAACUUUGACGAUCUGUUCAAAGACUUUGACCUAUUUAGUCAAAACUCCCGGUCAAAAAAGCACUUUGAAAAUCAUUUCCGAAGUCAUCGGGAGGCUCAUAAUCGGCAAAGACGUUCUUUCCAGGAGUUUUCUUUUGGAGGUGGACUGUUUGAUGAUGUAUUUGAAAAUAUGGAAAAGAUGUUUUCAUUCAGUGACUUUGAAAAUGCACACAGACACGCGGUACGAACUGAUGCCAGGUUUCAUGGAUCCAGCAAGCACUGCAGGACUGUCACUCAGAGACGAGGAAACAUGGUUACCACAUACACUGACUGUUCUGGACAAUAAUGUUUCCUUUCUUCUAAACUUUUCUUCUUUUCUCAACAUCUUCAUAAUCUUUCUUGGGUUUGUGCUAACAUGGAAGAAAUUCUCUGAACUGUAUUUUCUAAAAAACACUUAAACUACUAUAAAGAAUUUGUAGAUGAAACUAAUUUUCAGAAUAGAAACAACAUGCUUUUGGGAAGUACAUGUGUCAACAACUGCUUAGAACAGGAGACAGAUAAUGUCAUGUGACAAAAAUUAUAUAUAUUUCAAUUUAGUAAACACUUUCCCUAAAUUUGAGUGCAAGAUAUAUAUUUUUCAUUUCAGAAAUGUAAUAUAAUUUUUUUUCAUAAAAGCCAGUUCAGGACUGAUUGAAUUACUGGUGUUGGAUUGAAGCAGAGGAGAUACUUUAAUUUUGAAGUGCUGCUUUUUUUUUAGUCAUGUCUUUCCAAGUUUGCACUUGCAGUUUUUACUUGAUACAGAUUUACAUGCUAAUUACAUAAUUUACACAAAAUAGCAGCAGAAAUAUUACUUCCCUGGGUCUUUGUUACUCUCUCUAGCAUUGCAAAAGUGCAAAAGUAAAACCCUUACUUUUUGGAGGUGGAAAAUAGUGAGGGAAUAUGUUAAGACUGUGAAUGAUGUAGGAAUUAGUUUUGUUUCAGAAUUGGCCUGAAACAAUCUUAGGAUUUGAAUAACCCUUGACUUAUUUAGGGAAUAUAGGGAUAUUCGUGUGUGUAAGUUUGUGUGCACACAAAGAUUUUGUUUUGGUUUUAUUUUUUUCCCCUCCUUCCACGGUACAAACUCUCUAACAAGGUUUGGCAGGGCACACCCAAAACACUCAUGUUUUAUGCUUACUAUAUUACCACGUGUGCACUCACAACUCACUUUACUGAGCUAAAAUACCCCUCUGAGAUCUUAGGAACUUCAAUGAGAUAAAUGAUUGCCUAUAGAUUUGUGGUGUUCCUGGAAGGGUCUGAGUAAAAGCAACAGUGUUUAGAUUGACAGAUUUAUUACCUGUCAGCAGGAAUUUUUCAGCAUUGUAAUUUGAAAGGUAAAUUCUUAGCCUUACCACAGAGUAAAACUGAAAAUUAAAAUCCUUGUAUUCAUCCAAUGCCUUGUGGGGCUGGAAACUGCUAAUAAGGACAGCACUAAUGGGUGUUGAUUUUAGGACCAUGGAAACCCACAACCAGUGUAAACUACUUAAAACUAAAAAGAAAGAAAACAUCCACCAGAAAAUGCUGCACAACAAAACUCCCAAAUACUUUAGCUGAUGUCAAUCAAAAAGUUCCGUUGUAACUCUUUAACUAGUCAUACUAGUCAGGUUCAGUAUGUUAAAUUGGCUGUCCCUUUGAAACUGGGAGGUAAGAAUUUAUCUCUCAGGUUGAUUGCAUGAGCAAAAUAAGCAUUUUUUGUUCUAAAAACAGUUAGUUUUGUUCUAAAAAUGUUAGCAGUGUUCUAAAUAGGCUUUGAGUUCUUAAAAUCUUUAGUAAGAGAUUUAACCCUUUGCUUCUUGGUUGGAUAUUGAAAGCUGCCUAUUUGCUAAGGAACUUUAGCCUUCCCCUCAAGUGUACGUAUUGUUGCUUGUUCAGUUUUCAUUGCCUAAUCCUUGGAAUGGAUUGUUGCAUUAUAUUAAGUGCUUUUCUUUUUCCAUGUUCUUUAUUUAUUAAUAGACUAAUACCUCAUAUAUGGUCUUUAUUAAAAGCCAGUAAUUUGUGCAACAUUAUCGGAAUGUGCAAUAUCCUUAUAGUAGGAAAAGUGCUGAAUUGAGUGUGUUUGUUUGUUUCACCCUUUUCCUGUGUAAGUAAAUAUUUUUGUUUCUUCUGUAUAAUUAAUAUAUGAUUCAAGCAAAGUUGUACUUCCUGUAGAUUUCUGCAUUUAUUUUCUUUAACAUACUCCAUUAGUCCUGUGUAUGAAUCAAACUAUCUACCCAAUUCAUAUCAUACGGGCAUCCAAGUGAACAAAUCAUAAAGUUAUGAAUUACUUUCUUUCACAAAGGUUAAGUAUUAAACAUGAGAGUAUUUGUGAAUGUCCUUUGGUGGGAGGCAACUCCACAAGUGGGAUGCAAAGGUAAAAUAUUAAUGCUUUUCUUAAUUUCAUGCAUAUUUUUUUAAUUAAAAAAAAAGAAAUUGGGUAUAGUAGAUCGAGAAGUUCACUUGGGUCUCCUCCCAGACUCUGAAUUAGAGGGAAUGAAAGCUAAAAUGAACACUGUAAAUUUUAGGAAACACAUUUCACCCCAAAAACUCAAGUCAUUUAAGUGACUGUAUAAGUUCACAAUCUUUCAAGCUAAACUUUGAGGUGGAAAUAAAGGUUUUGGCUCCUUCUAGACUAGGGGAACCUCUUUAAGAAUGCUCCAAACUUAGUACAAAGUGUACUUGUUUUCCUGAUGUCUUUAAAGUGUAAGUAUAAAACUGAUAAGAAAACCAUUAUUGCUAUUUUUUUGUUUAUCUGCCUUGAAAGUUGUCUGCCUAGUCUAUUUUAACUUGAUUUCAUAUUAUUUCUGUUAAUUACUUGUCAUGGGAAAGACCACAAAUGCUUUCCAUUCUUUCUAUGGCUUCUCCAAGUCAUCUUUCUGGUUGUUUCUAUUGUCGAUCCAAGGUCAAAUCCAAAGGAAAGCUUGCCAUGAGUAUUGCAGAAGCCAGUGUAUGGCUCUCCCUGUGGUUUUCUAUGAUGGGUUUGCUUUGAAUAGACUUCAGCUGGGGAAAUCUGGCAGGCUUUCCUCAGCCAAGAGUCUUCACUUUCAUGGCCCUCAGAACACAAGCUUGCAAAACAUGUUAUGCUUCUCACUUACUCAGAGCUCUUGCACAUUCUUUCCCUAUUUAUAGUGUUGGCUUCAUGGCAGGCUCCAGCGGAAGUCCUGGUAUAACCUUAUGACAUCCUGACUUCAGAGUUUCUUAAGUGCCAUCUUUCAUCUCUCUUUAAAUCUUACGAAAAUACCCAACAAAGUCAAUUUUUGUUAGAUAAGGGUGAAAAAAACCUGCAUUUUUUUGAAAGUAAUUGAUGCAUAUGUAACUACAAAUGAUUUAGUUCUUAAAACUACCAAAAAAGUGUUUUUUCAUGUUUUUCUUCCCAUUUUACUUUUGAAACACAGUAUCUAGUGGAGAUAAAAGUACUGUAAAGUUAAUUAGAGUGCCAUUACAUUAAACAUGUGAAAAUUAA